AUGGCCCCCGACAAACUCCAACAUGCCGACUAUGACACUGCCUGGAUCUGCGCACUGCCGCUGGAGCUGGCGGCCGCGAAGACUAUGCUCGAGCAGACCCAUCCAUCUCCCCCGCAAGCGCCAUCCGAUCAAAACUCAUACACACUCGGCAGAAUAAGCGGCCAUAAUGUCGUUCUUGUCUGUCUACCAUCCGGUACGUAUGGAACAACAUCUGCAGCCACUGUUCUCUCUCAGAUGCUCUCGACAUUCUCGUCCAUAGCCUACGGUCUUAUGGUCGGGAUCGGCGGCGGCGUACCGGCACCCGGCAACGACGGGAGCAUCGACAUUCGUCUCGGCGAUGUUGUUGUCAGCACGCCGUCUGGGCUUUCAGGGGGUGUGAUCCAGCAUGACCAUGGCAAAGCGCUCUCUGACAACUUCUUUGAGAAUACCGGCUCGUUCAACCGGCCCCCGCCAGUGCUGUUAAGCGCCGUGUCCCAGAUGCGCAGUAAUCACAUGGUCAAUGGGCUGGAAAUCCAAGCCACCAUCGCAGAUAAAGUAGCGAGACACGAGUAUAUGAAGGAGCAUUUCUCGCGGCCGGACAGGGACUGGCUGUUCAACGCAACGUAUAAUCAUUGCAAAAAUGCCACGGAUUGCUCGGCGUGUGACCAGAUGCAGCUCGUGGAUCGCAUAUCGCGGAAGUCUCUCGAGCCUCGCAUUCACUAUGGCUUGAUUGCAUCCGGGAAUCAGGUUAUCAAGGAUGCACAAACACGGGACCUUGUUGCGCAGGGUCUAGGAGGGGGGAUCCUGUGCUUUGAGAUGGAGGCUGCUGGCCUCGUGAACCAACUACCUUGUUUGGUGAUCCGCGGUAUAUCCGACUACUGCGAUUCCCACAAGCAGGAUGAUUGGCAAGGCUAUGCAGCCUUGUCUGCAGCCGCCUAUGCCAAAGUCCUUCUUACUCUUGUUCCUGUGGGUGGCGGAUUCGAUAGGCCCUGGAUGGAUUCGGCGGAACAGGAACAGGCAAAGCACUACGAGUUUAACAAUUCUGGCUCUGGUCCACAAUUCAACGUGAACGGGGGCGCGCAGAGUAAUAAUACCGGCGAUGGGAAUCAGUUCUUGGGCAGUUUUCAUGGGCCGGUGUCGUUUGGCCGACCUUUUGUCGCAUCUAGCGAUUUCUAG